AUGAAAAAGAGAAAAGUGCAUGAGGAACCUGUACAGAAAAAGAAAAAGGUGAAAAGUAGUAGAAGCCAGGCUAUCGUUAAAAUUGAGAAAGAUGUUCCAACUGUCAUUAAAAUUGAGGAUGAUGACCAGCGUGAGUCAAAAAAAAAAGUCAGGAAAAGGGAAAAUUUAAAUGAUGAUGAAUGUUUAGACCAAUUAGAACUGAAGAAGAAGAAGAAGAAAAACAAGAAAAAGAAAGUUAUCUCUGAAUUACUGAAAGAAGCACAUUUAGAAAGCUUUGUCAAUGUAGGCGGCCAUCUGGAUUCAGAACCUCAAGAAUCAUCAGAGGAACAAAUUAAAAUUCUUAAAAAGAGGAAAAAAAAAGUCCAACGUCAUUCCUCCUUAUCAUUGGAGAAUAAUCAGAAUAGUGAUGGGGAGGUUUCAAAUCAUCAUACAAAUGGUACUAAGGAAAAUCAAUUUGCUUUUAAAAAAAGCAGGAAGAAUACUGCUUUGAAUUUGGAAUUGGAUGGUGAAGUAACUAAGAAAAAAAAGAAAGGCAUUUUUUCUUUUUCAUUAGAGGACAUCCAGGACAGUGAACAUGAACAGUCUGAAAAAGUUUGUAAAAAACCACAGAAAUACAUUUCACAAGAAAAAGCUUUUACAGGUGAAACCCAUGGAACAGGUAUUAUCCAGAAUGACGGGGAGAGUUAUAUGGGAAGAAGGAAGAGGAAGAAGAAGAAAGAUAAGUCCAAGUCCUUCUUACCACUAGCAGAUAAUCAGAACAUCAUCUAUGGAGUUCCUGAUAGCCCUGUUGCAUUAAGUGACUUCAGAAAAAGGCAAAGAAAGAAUUCCCAGGAAAUUACAUUGACAGAGGAAGAGGACGGUACUGAGAACUCUGGAAGUAUCAGAGAGACCAAGAGAAAGAAGAACAGAAGCAAAGAUGUUUCUUCCUUAACAUGUGAAUAUGAUCAAGAUUACAGUCACAGAGUUCCUGAUAAGCAUCUCCCAGCACAGCAAGAAGUUGAGCCUGAGGACAAAGAGCUUUCUGGGAAAAAAGAAAGGAAAAAAAAGAACAAAGAGAGCAAAACGCAGCGAGCUGAAUGUGUCACCGGGGACGCUGUAGAUAGGGUAUUACACAAUACUAAUCAUACGCUCUGUGACAGAAAAAGGCGAAGAAGAAAAAAAGUAGCAGAGGACCUCACUGAAGAACCAGGUUCAAAAGCAAAUACAGAAAAGCAAAAGAUCAAGAGAGAAGACAUGGGAAAUGAGGCACUGGAACAUGUGGAUGAUGUAACUAUUGUGCAGGUAAAAAAAGGAAACUGUGAUGAAGUUAACAUAGACAAGGUGAGGCGGCAGGCUCUGCAAGAAGAAAUCGAUAGAGAAUCCGGCAAAACUAAGGAUUUCAGCCCCAAAGUGGAAUGGGAUACAAAGUUGGGCCAAUGGAGUACAGCUGCUUUUCAAAGUUCUGAGAAAGAAAUGAAGUUUUUUAGACUGAUGGGUGGCUUUAAAAAGGGCUCUGUGCCUAUCCAAAAUCUCUCAGCAAUGGCAAACAAACCAAACAUGGCUCUGAACAGGGAAGGAGAGGAGAAGUUACAGCAGGCUCUGAAGAUGGAAUUUGAUAAAGCAAUGGACUUCAAGCAACAUAGAGGAAUUGGUCUUGGAUUUCAACCUGCUGCCAACAAAAAAGUAUACAUAGACAAAUAUGCAUCUAGAUCUAUCAAACUUGAAGAUUAA